AUGGAGGCGGAGGCGCUCCUGCCACAGCCAGAGCCACCGCUGUGCGCUGUGGACCACCUUGGCCGUCCGGUCUGCCGCGGCAGCUCCGGCGGGUGGCCCGCCGCGAUCUUCAUCAUCGGGGUGGAGGUCGCCGAGCGGUUCGCCUUCUGCGGCAUCAUGGGCAACCUGAUGAUCUACCUCACCGGCCCGCUGGGCCAGUCCACGGCGGCCGCCGCAUCUGCCGUCAACGCGUGGAUCGGUGCAGCCAUGCUGCUGCCGCUGCUCGGCUCCGCCGUGGCUGACUCCUGGCUCGGCCGCUACCGUACCGUCAUCUGCGCAUCACUCCUCUAUAUGCUGGGGCUUGGCAUGCUAACCCUCUCAACGGUUCUUGCUCCGGGAGAGCGAGCAGGAUGCUCCGGCAAGGCGCCGGGCUCAGCCGGAUGCUCGACCGGUUCGUCCGCUCAGGUGGCUCUCUUCUUCUUCUCCCUCUACAUGGUGGCGUUCGCUCAGGGCGGCCACAAGCCGUGCGUCCAGGCGUUCGGUGCCGACCAGUUCGACGAGAACGACCCCGGCGAGCUGGCAUCUAGGAGUUCCUUCUUCAACUGGUGGUACUUCGCCUCCUAUGGCGGCAACACCGUCACCGUCUCGGUCCUCAACUACGUGCAGGAGAGCAUAAGCUGGCAGCUCGGGUUCGCGAUCCCAUGCGCGGCCAUGGCUCUCGCCCUUGCUGUCUUCUGCCUUGGAACCAAAACCUAUCGCUUCCCCCAGCUGCCAAGUGCUAAAAGAAUGCCUCAUGAUUCUGAACACUCACCGUUGCCGAUGCCGAUGCCAACGGGAGACCAUGGAGCAACUGCAUUGCUCAAGCUGUUUCCCAUAUGGGCGUCCUGCCUGAUUUACGCCGUUGUCCUCUCACAGUGGUUCACUUUCUUCACCAAACAGGCCAGCACACUGGACAGGAGGAUUGGCACAUUGGUGGUACCAGCAGCUUCGCUGCAAAAUCUGGUAAAUGCAUCGCUCAUGAUCUUCCUGCCGAUCUACGAACGAGUCUUUGUUCCCCUUGCCAGGAAGCACACGAAGAACCCUUCCAGUAUCACGGCACUGGAAAGGAUCGGUGUCGGGUUGGCAAUUUCGAUCCUCAUGAUGAUCGUUGCUGCUCUUGUGGAGAUGAAGAGGCUCCGGGUGGUAACCGAGUGUGGCCUGCUGGAUAAACCUGAGGUUACGAUCCCCAUGAGCGUCAUGUGGAUGGUUCCUCAGUACAUGCUGAUCGGGUUGUCCGAUACGUUUGCGAUAAUCGGCUUGCAGGAAUUCUUCUAUGAUCAGGUGCCCGACAGUUUGCGGAGCUUGGGCCUGGCUCUGUUCCUGAGCAUAGUAGGAGCCGGGAACUUCAUCAGUAGCUUCGUUGUGUAUGCCGUUGACAGGAUGGCCACAAACGCCGGAGAAAGCUGGUUCUCCAACAACCUGAACCGGGGGCAUCUUGAUUACUUUUACUGGCUUCUUGCUUUGCUCAGUGCUAUAGGUCUGGCUGCUUAUAUGUAUUUUGCACAGAUGUAUGUGCCUAAGAAAAAGGUUCUCUCGGUGCAGUGAAUUUCA